ACUUGUAUUAAUAAAACAAAAAACUAGGACAAGAGAAACCUUAAACCACUGUUAUAGUUUGAAUUUUCCCAUGGUAGGAAACUACCAAGAAAAUAAAUGGAAAUUACAAGGAUAUGGCCAGAAGAUUGCCUGUGUUUGAUCAUAUCGUUGACUUCGCCCGCAGAUGCAUGUCGAUCGGCCAUGGUUUCUCAUGUUUUUAGAUCGGUUGCAGACUGUGAUGCUGUGUGGGAAAAGUUUCUACCGUCCGAUUAUAGAUCAAUCAUUUCAUCAUCAUUGCUUUCACUGGGAAAGAAGGAUGUAUAUUUCCAUCUGUGUUUUCAUCCCAUUCUCAUUCAAAAUGGUACCAUGAGUUUUCAGUUGGAGAAAGAGAGUGGGAAAAAAUGCUAUAUGUUAGGGGCAAAAGCACUUUCAAUGAUAUGGUUAUUGAGAGAUACAUUUAUGCCUUUCCCUUGGAUUUCCACAUCUCUACCAGGGCUUAGUGACAGGUUUCCUGAAGUUGCUAACAUCAACCUAGUGUGGUGGAUCGAGGUGAAGGGAAAGAUUGAGACCAGAAAUUUAUCUCCUAACACAAACUAUGUAAUAUACCUUGUGUUUAAGCUUAAGGAUAGGCAUACAAUUGAGUUUAAGCAUAGAACCGUGGGUUUGCAUGUCAAUGACGAUGGAGUCGCUUCAUGGGAAUUACGAAGGGUGUUGAUAGACCCUUAUCGAUGCGAGGCCCUAUAUAUUCGAGAUAGAGGAGAUGGGUGGAUGGAGGUUGAAUUGGGUCAGUUUUUGAAUGAAGGUGGGGAUGAUGGAACUUUGGAGUUCAGUCUUCGAGAGAUUGACACAAGUAAUUUCCAUAAUCGAGGCAUCAUUAUUGAAGGAAUUGAGCUCAGACCUAAAGAUAUUAGUAGUUUGGUAGACGUUCGACAUUAGUGUGUCCAUAAUUUAAAUUGUGUUUUCUCUUUUUAGUUAAGUUCAAAAUACUAAUUACAAACGGAUAUUAGUAGUUAUAUUGUAUCUAUAAUAUAUGUAAAAUCACGAAUUUGGAAAUUUUUUAAAUUGAUAGAAUAUCUUUUAUUUUCCA